GCCAGUGUAUAAAGAAGUGUUCAGAAAAAUAAAAGUUGAUAUAGACCUAUUAUAUAUCUCUGAAAGAAAUUAUCAAGUCGAACAUAUGUUAGAUUUAUUAUAUUUAACAGAAGGUGAAGAGAAUUUAAAUGACCAAAAAAAUACAAAUGAUAUACCAGAAGGAUUAAAAACACAUUACGUAUUUAUAACAGAUUUUACUCGAUUAAUGCAUUUAUUAGAAAAGCAUAUUCCAACAUGUCCAGGACCAACAGAGCAAAAGGCAAUUUCAUAUGAAUAUACAAUACAUUGUUCAGAUGGGACUACACAAAAACCAGUAAUUAAUCAAGAAUCUGAAAAUAUAAUAAAAGACUUAAUGGAAAACCUUCAAGAAGAUCUAGAAAUAUGUGAAGAAAAAUUACAUAAAGCUGGAUAUAAUAAAAUUCGUGUAUUCAAUGCUGAAACCAAAAAAUAUUUGGGUACUUCACAUCGAAAAUGUCAUGGGAAAAAAUCAAUGAUUCAAGGUAAGUUAGAUGAUGAGCAAAAAGAAAAACAUAAAUCUUGUAAG